GGCGACGGCAGAUGCACGCACGGCUGCCUGGACCCUGCGCUCUGCGAUGCAAGUAGCCGCCCUCUGAACUUGCCGCGGUUCAGGGCCCCAGCCGAGCUCAGCUGCAGCAACACCGCCUGCGCCGUGGCGCUGCGGGCCUGGUCGCCCCGCGACGACGAAGGGACGCUGGAGCCUGGCAACCAUGUUACGGGGUAUCGCCUUCAGGUCAAGAGUUUAAGCAGUUCAGAUGCCGAGUGGAAAACUCCUGCAAUGUCUAUUCACUCUACAGAAUUUAAGUUCAACUUCGUCCCCGGCUGGCGGUACGCGGUGAGGGUUUUGGUCGACACCUCGAGAGGCUCGGCAGACACCGACUACAACCUCGACAUCCGGCAAACUGAGGUGCAGAUUGCCUGCCUCACUGAAGCAACCUACGGAAAACUCAACCUUUUCGAGGAAGACGUGACAAUGAAUCGCAUCACUGUUGGUGGGGUUAAUUCGGCCACAUGUAAAGGACCUUCUAUUAAUUUCUCCGUCAAAGAAGCCGUAACACAGACGCCUGUCAUGCAGCAGGGCAGCCAUGGACACCAGCUUUGGGCUGACGGCCUCACGCCCAACACCACCUACGUCUUCUCUGUUAACUCCGCCUCACUGAUCGUCACGACUCUGCCUCGCCCCCCUACGGCCCCCCAAUUGAGCUUGAGGCCGUCCGCCACCACCGCUGACGUCACUUGGACGUCGCAGCGAGCAGAGCGCUUCAACGUGUCUUGGGUGAGGACGAGAAGAGGUGGCUGCAGAGACAAACAACACGAAAAUGUUCGACAGUUUCUAAGUCUGUACGAGCCCCGCGUGCAGCUGACGCAGCUGGAGGCGUACACGGAGUACGAGGUUUGCGUGCUCGCCUUCAACAGAGGCGGGAGCAGUGAGACGUGCGGGGCGCUGCUCACCCUGCCUAACAGCGCUCCCACCUUGCCAGUUACUGAACUGGAAUGCCUGUAUAACGAAUGUUCCGUUCACGUCGGUGACGGCUGUUCACAAUACAACGGACCCAACCUGACACUCGUGUGGACGUUUUCUGCAGCCCCGGCCUGCAACACUUCUGCCCGACAUUCGCUGCGUUUUGAAGAUAAAUUAUAUAACUUUGGUACAAAAAGUUUCGACGCCGACAAUCUAAAUCUUCUGCCCGGAAUAACUUAUACCUUGAGCGUGUCUGUCAAGAACGACUAUGGGGAGGGCCAGCCAGUGCACACCACAUACGCCAGCCCGAAUGACACCGUUCCCGGGCCGGUGGAAGAGUUGACCUCGACUGCAACGUCCACUUCCGUCAGCCUGCGCUGGAGAAGACCUUGUCCCCCAAAGGCCCCCAUCCUCAGUUACCGCGUCACUGCUGACGGUGUCGAGCUUAUUCGUCAGUACUACUCUAAGUCGAAGUGUCUCGGUAACGCAGCUCACUUCUGCCGCACCUUCACAGGGUUGAAAGCUGAUCAGACGUACAAAUUUGAAGUACAGAGCUGCAGACGCUCCUAUUAUAAGGAUUGUUCUGCAGCGGAGACGAUAAGCGUCAGGACACAAGAAACAGUUGCAGCUCCUGAACCACCAACGAUGACUCUGAAGAGAUGGCCGAAGGGUUUAAGCAUUUCGUUUACGUCGUCUUGGGCGAUAACAAAACAAUGUUUUAUCGAAACUUUUCACGGCGUCGACCUCAUAUCUAACAAUACUUACGACAUCAUCAACAACUGGCAGCACAUCAACGUAUCGAUGGACGAUCUUCUUCCUAGUUCUGUGUACGACUUCUCGUCGUGGUGCUGCAACCACGUCGGCUGUUCACUGCGAACCAACGCCUCAGAAGCAACCGAGUUCGAGGCUCCGGUGGUGAGAGACAGGCUGCAAGUCGUGAGCAUUUACGACACCAACGCAACCUUACGACUUCCCACCGUCGAAGCUGGAGACGCUCAGACGAAUUUCACGAUUAUGGUUCAUAAUAUCAGUGCUGGCUUGGAAGGAGUAAAUUUUACUGCUGAAUUUCACAAAUGGCGGAGAGCGAAUCAUAUGCAAAUCAACCGUCGCCGCCGCAGUUCACGGCCUGGCUGUGCUGAGAACGCUCCUGUAUUCAUCGCUGGACACGUGGCUAAAGGCACCUCAGAGUUCGUCUUGGGCUCGGGGGAGUCUGCCCCAGGCACCAGCAACUGCCCCCUGAUUAAGGGCAACGCGUACGGCGUCGCCGUCAUGAUGUCAGCCCGUCUAAAACACGAAGAAGAAUUCGUCUUAGAAAAGUUAGACCGCCCAAUCAUCGCUGGCGGCAGCGGCGGGAUGGCAGCAGGCGCUACCGUUGGCAUCGCCAUAGGCGUGUUGGUGAUCCUCGCGCUGGUGAUCGGUCUUCUGGUGUCAAGCUUCCAGAGGCGCAAAAAACUGCGUAGACUCCAAGUCCCUGUGCGGCCUCCGGUUCCCGACACCCUUCCGUUACAUCUUUAUGAUGACUUCUACGAUUUCCGAGACGGGUGGGUUCCAGCAGACGACUUGCCUGUUUCUAUGGCGAACAUCGAAACUUUCCUCAACAAGAGCAUCGGGUCGCUGUACAUGAAGCACAAGUUCUCGAGCAUCCCGGUGAACCGCGACAAACCCACAAGAGCGGCAGCAUUGGCCGGCAAUCUAAAAAAGAACAGAUACGGCAACAACCUACCUUACGACGACACGAGGGUGCACUUGCUGGAGAUCGAUGAUUAUGCCGCGUACAUCAAUCCGCACUCCGAUUACAUCAACGCCAGCCACAUCACCGGGGCCGUCCCCCACCGUCGCUACAUUGCCGCCCAAGGUACCCCAAAAGUAUGUUGGUGUGGACUGAACAAUUCAUCAGUGGGUAUGCAGAUUUGA